UUUAUUUCAGUUUUGACAACAACAAUGGCUUCUUCCUUGUGAUAAAACUGUAUAUAAUAAACUCAUGUAUUUCACAUCCAAUAUCAAGAAACUCUGAUAAACACAACUAAAACUAGUGCCUUGAUGAUGAGGAACUGGAGCUUGGGAGCACUUUUUCUUGCACUAAUAUUCUCCCCUCACUUGUUAGAAGCUCGGCAUCAAACCUGCAAGCCGAGUGGCAAAGUGAAGGGCAAGAAGCCGCCUCCAGAUUACUGCAACGAAGAGGACGACAUCUGCUGCAUAAAGGGGAAAUACUACACUACUUACAAAUGUUCUCCACCAGUGUCUGCAGCCACGAAGGCAUAUCUCUACAUCACCGGUUUUGAGAAAGGUGGAGAUGGAUACAAGCCGUCAAAAUGCGAGCACAAGUACUACUCAGACGACACACCGGUUGUAUCUCUGCCUACGGGAUGGUACAGUGGAGGGAGAAGGUGCCUGGACAACAUCACCAUAAGUGGUAAUGGGCGGAGCGUGGAGGCUAUGGUGGUUGAUGAGUGUGAUUCCUCAAAGGGAUGUGAUGCAGACAGCGACUAUCUCCCUCCGUGCUCCAACAACGUUAUUGGCGCGUCUCCUGCUGUCUGGAGAGCGUUGAAGGUGCCCGUGCAAGACUGGGGUGAACUCGACAUCACCUGGUUGGAUGCCUAAUGAGGACUUGUGCUAUCACUUCUUUUUGUUGCAUUCUCAAUGUAUGGUUUGAUGUUUUUCAUAAUUCUAAGUAAUAUUAAUCUUAA